GGGGAAGAAAAUGCCAAAACUAUCUAGCACCCUCUAUCUCUGUUUACGUUCUCUUGUUUUCAUGAUCACAUUUUCGAAGCUGUUGUUUGCAGCAAAUUCUAGAACAUGUCCAGCAGAUGUGCAAGUACUCAAAGAUCUGAAAAACGGGGUGGACCCCCGCUCCAUAGCUCCCGGAUCUUGUUUGAGCUCAUGGGAUUUCUCCUUGGAUCCAUGUGACAACAUCUUCAGUAACCAUUUUACUUGCGGGCUUAGGUGCGAUAGAAUCGUUUCUGGUUCUGCUCGAGUCACAGAGAUCACUCUUGACCCUGUUGGUUACUCCGGUUCACUCACCUCAACUUCAUGGAACCUCCCUUAUCUACAGAUAUUGGACAUCUCGGACAAUUCGUUCUCUGGCUCAAUUCCUGAUUCCUUCUCCAAUUUAACUCGUUUGCGUCGACUUUGUCUGUCUAGGAACUCACUCUCCGGGGAAAUACCUGUCUUACUUAGCUCACUUUCUCACCUUGAAGAACUUUACCUUGAUAACAACCAUCUCCAUGGACCCAUUCCUUCAAGCUUCAACAACCUAACAAGCCUGAAACGACUUGAAAUCCAACAAAACGACAUCUCUGGUGAGUUUCCCAAUCUGGGUUCACUCAAAAACCUCUACUUUCUCGAUGCUAGUUAUAACAACAUAUCCGGUGGAGUCCCAGCAACGCUUCCAACAUCUCUCGUCGAGAUCACAAUUAGAAACAAUAAACUGGGAGGAAAUAUUCCAGAUAACAUCGACAAUAUGAGUUUUUUGCAAGUUCUAGAUCUCAGUCACAACAUAUUAUCCGGAUCUAUACUGUCAGUUCUUUUUGAACAUCCCUCCCUGCAACAGCUUGCUCUUUCUUACAACAACUUUUCAUUUUUACAAGUACCAGUUGACAUGGGUUUAAACAGUAAAUUGAUAGCUGUUGAUUUAAGCUACAACAAGCUUCGAGGUUUCUUGCCAGCUUUCAUGGCGUCGAUGCCAAAGCUUGCAGCUUUAUCUUUGGAGCAUAACAAGUUCACAGGUAUGAUACCAGCUCAGUAUGCACUCAAAACUGCUGUUCCUGGGAACAAUACUUCGUCUUUUGAGAGGCUGUUGCUGGGUGGGAAUUACUUGUUCGGGCCAAUUCCUGGUCCUUUUUUGGGUCUCAAACCGGGUUCUGCUGAAGUCAGCCUGGUGGAUAAUUGCUUGUAUCGGUGUCCUGACGCUUUCUUCUUCUGCCGAGGUGGGGAUCAGAAAUCCUUGGUGGAUUGUAAGAGCUUUAGGCCUGCAAUUCCUUAGAAACAAAUUAACCCCGAAUUGUAUUACAUGACAUUAUUCUCUAGGUUUUCUUUGCUUCUUUUACUGUGAAAAAGUUACAAAUUUAAGAGAACAGAAAAUAUUGCUUGCUGUUUUACAUUAGCUUUCCGGCUUUGUUUUUUAAUUUUGUAUAAUGAACAAACUAAUCUUGCUGAGGAGUCGAUUGAAAUUUCAAUGCUUAUAGUUUAAAGUGACCAAAAGAGAGCCUGCCACAGUGAAGUAAAAGGCAUGGGGCUUAUGCACUUUCAGAUUUUGCCUUUGUGUUUCGUGGAGCAUUGUCUUGGAAAGGAGUAAAGCGAUAACUUAUUAUUGUACAAUUGCUGUUAGUAUUCUAGUAAU